AGCAGGAUUACUGCAGAGGUUUGUCCCUUAUGAGAAUCCGUCAUUUUAUGUAAACACUGAAAAGGUGCGCGCAUGCGCAGUGAGGAGCACAGGUGAGUAAACUGCAGAGGUGGACGGUGUAGAGGAGACUGUGGUCACUAGUCACACGAUGGCGGAGUUAAAGAGAGCUCACAGCUGGGAGAUUUCCGACUCGGAGUCGGAGCACGAGCCCGGUGCUCCCGCGGAGCCGGAGAGCGCGUGCAGCCGCGCAGAGCCUCCACCUGCUCCCACUGUCCGGUGCUCCGACCCCGGGGACAGGAGGAGAGGAAACCGGGGGGGGGACAGAGAGGGGAGAGAGGAGAGAGAGAGACAGAGAGAGGAGAAAGACAGGAGGAGACAGGAGAGAGUGAGACAGAAGGAAGAGAGAGAGAGACAGAAAGAGGAGAAGAGGAAGGCAGUUGAGAGAGUAAAAAGACUCAAACCUGAGGAGUAUUUAAAGACCGUCACAGUCAACAUCCACCCAGUGUUGCUUCAGGACUCUGGGUGUGAUGUGUUGUUGAGUACACUGGCUGGUUUGGAGUGGAGGAGCAGAAUAGAGGAACACAACCUCACACACACCAUCAGCUGGAGCAGAGACCUUCCUCAUACCGAGGACGAAGAUGGUAGUGUGGUUGAGGAAGAUCAGGUGCUGAUGGUGGUCACUCAGAUGGAGUUUGUAGACAUGAUGAUGUCCAUCAGACAGGCUCUGAUUGGUGGGUGUGAGGAGGCGGAGUCUCUGUUUCAGCCCCUCUGUGAUUAUCUGAACAGAAACACAGGGAUUGUCCUUUCACUGCUGGUAACUGGGGGGCAGUACUGUCAAUGGGGAGUCUCAUAUGAUGAUGACAAUGAAGAUGAGGUGUGUCCACGUUCUCAGCUUGGGCUCCAUAACCUGGACAUCGAGGAGGUGUUAGUGUACCUGCAGCUGUACAAGAAUGUGACAGUCCACUUCCUGUUUGGCUGGCAGGAAGUCAUGGAUCAUGUGUGUGCUGUUACCAAGGCCUUAUCUAAACGCCCCUUCAGAACACUGCAGGAAGUUCCAGAUCUGGGGUUCUGUGUGGACGGUUUGUGGGCAGGGGGAGUGCGUGUUGACCGUAGUGGGUGGGGCCUCGCUCAGGUGUGGACACGACAGAUACAGCAGCUUAAUCGAGUCAGUGUUGCCAUGGCAACAGCUGUGACAACUGCCUAUCCCUCCCCCCAACUCCUCCUGCAGGCGUAUGAGAGAGCAGCAUCAGCAGAAGAACGGUGUGGAUUAUUGGCUGAUGUCACUGUGAGAGGCGGGGCUAAAGAGCGGUGUGUCGGACCUGAACUGUCCGGUCGUGUGCACCGUCUUAUGACCUCUCAGAAACCUGAGCUGGUGCUGGACUAGAGGAUUGUGGGAAAAGCAACUAAAAAGACUGGCUUAUCAGAUUUAAUAUAUAAAUCAUGGAAUUGUAUGGACAUCACACACACACACACACACACACACAGUAAUCACUGUUGGGUUUAAGUUUAUUUUGAUUAAGAACUUUAAAAAAAAUACACUUUCACUUGUAUUGUCCAGCCGUUUGUUUAUUUCUUGUUUAAAUUCAGAAAGUAAUAUAUUCCAAUCCUUUUCAGUCUUUGUAUAGACAGAGGUUUGUUUACAAACCAAUAGUAAACAAUGUAAAUAGGAAACACUAAAACAUGUCGCUUUAGACGUAUUUAAAAGUAACACAGGCAGGUUACACUGACCGAUUCGACCCUGUGGUCAUUUUUAGUGCUGACCUUUUAACAGCUCUUUGAUCUUUGUGAUGAUUUCACAGCAGCUUUUGUUCCUUAUGCAGAUCAGUUGGUCAACAGUCCAGGUGCUGGUGAUCUGAGUGCUUCUGUAAACUGAACGUUCAUUUCAGACACACUGACUCCCUGUGGCUCUGACCCUCUGAGUGUUUAUGGAGUUAUAUCAUGUGGCUCAGUUUCAGACAAUCACCCUGUCAGGAGAAACCCUGAAGAUCCUCAGGAACAUCUUCAGGACCUUUAACCUUUAACUUUAUUGCACCCCUUGAUCACUUCUACCCUGAUGUCCCUUAAUGACCGCAGGCAGCACAGGUACAAAGUUUAACAAUAAACUUCGACAAUCAUCAGUACGUAAAGAGAGCAAGAGAGACGACAAGACACAACCUUGUGGAAUACCAGGAGAGGACAACAAAACAUUCCACAACACAAAUUCUUCAGGAUCUGCUAGUUAAAAAAAUCCACCAACUAACACACAAUAUUUAAGUCUAGAUGAAAAUUGUUGGACUGCAGGAGUAGCAGCUCAGACUCUGAGAAACACACACACACACAGCUUCACCAGUCUGUUUGAUUUGUUCCCAGUUUGUGUAUCCGAGGCUGGAUUACACAAUACUGUCUCUCUUUAUCACCUCCUUCAGUCUGACAUCACUCUGAUCUCCACUCUGUGUGGAAAAUGUCCAAAGUCAAAUGAGUCACAAUUCACACACAGCCAUUCCGUCCCUCAUUAUGAAUUACAGAAGGACAGUGAUGUCCAGUUUUAUCCAGAAAGGGCUGGUGUGGGUACAGGUUUUCAUUCCAACUGAGCAGGAGCUACACCUGAUUCCACCUGUUUAAUCACUUGAUCUUGGCUUUCAGUAAAUUCAGGUAUGGCUUCUGCUUGUUUGGAAUGAGAACCUGCACCACACCAACCCUUUCUGGAUGAGACUGGACACCCCUGCAGUAGGAGAAUUCCUGAUUCUCUGUGAAUAUAAUUAGUUACCACUAACAGCACCACACAUACACACACAGUCCUCAUUACUUGCAUAGUGUAUUUAUUAAUUUCAAUUUAUUUAUUUUACUGAGUCAGAGAUGAAUAUCAGGACUCAGACAGGGUUAAAGUAAUGACUAAACAAAUAAAUAAAUAAACAAACUAAACUGUUCCAGCCUGAAUAGGGCUUUAUAAUUAUUAUACUCUGUGGUAGCUUAAUGGUGUUGGACUAAUGAUCAGAAGGUUCUGAGUUUGAAUCCCAGGUUCACCAAACUGCCACUUCUGGGCCCCUGAGCAAGGCCCUUAACGCUCAGUUAGCUCAGUUGUAUAAAAAUGAGAUAAAUGUACAUCGCUCUGGAUAAGAAUGUCUGCUAAAUUCCAGAAAUUUAAUGCACCUGUAUAUGGAACAGUGUGUGUGUGUGUGGGCUGUGCACUAUUUAGGGUAUAGGAGCCAUUUUCUUCACACUCAACACAUAGACCGUGUGCAUGGUGCUGAAUCUUUAGGUUUAUUGUAUGAUACACAGAUAUUUCCACACACACUUUAGGACAGCUCUAUAGGACUAAUCAGACCUCACACACAGGAACAUGGCUUCAUGGCUUUCCCUUUGGGAUGAAUAAAGUAUCUAUCUAUCUAUCUAUCUAUCUAUCUAUCUAUCUACGUCUUCACGUGUUUAUUCGGGAGGACUGUGUUGAACACGGCCUUUAGACUAUUGGGAAGUGUUGUGAAGGGACGAGAUUCCCAGACACAUGACACGUGUUACAUAAUAGAGCUGGAGGACUUCUGGGGUUAUUCUCAUGAUUUACACACACUCACCUCACCUCAUUUUAAUACACACUGAGUGUUCUGAUCCGAGCCCUUCCUGUCUUUAAACUGAAAACUUGUGAACUGAAAAAUUGUUUGGGCAGCAAAAAGGGAUCAACGCAAU